GGCAGCCCUGCGGCCUCACUUCGCUUUCUUUUCGCCGUCGCUCUGUAUUAUAGAUGAGGAGGAGCUGAAAAAUGCAGAUCUGGCAUCACACGCGCACACGCACACGCACCCAUCGGAAUAAUUCCACGAGCAGCCAGCCCAUCGGAUUCCCCCUCUUCUCGAGGCUGUGAGAUGCUAAAGCAGAGCACCGCUUAAAUUGGUUGUCUGCAGCCAGCCCGCUGACCGGUCCCCUUAGAGUAUCCAUAUCCUCCUUUGCUUAGCUUUAUUCCCGUUAUUGAGCCCACGAAUAUUGCCUUGCACUCCCUGUCCGAAAAAGCCAUGAAGACAGGCACUGUUCCAUGCUGCAAGACAGCUGGCCUCUUUUUACUGGGGUUCCUUCGCUUUGCCUCUGCAUCUCAAAGGGCCAUCUAUACCAAUCAUUUUUUCGUUGAGUUUCACAAAGCGGGAGAAGCAGAAGCCAAGCAACUUGCUGCAGAAUAUGGCUUUAAUGGGGUCAAGAAGCUCCCCUUUAUAGAGGAUGGCUACCACUUUUCCCAUAAUGGCUUAGCCAAAAGUCGAAGGCGGAGGAGUCUUCAGCACCAACUACAUUUACAGAAAGAUCCCAGGGUAAAGAAAGUUGUGCAGCAGGAAGGUUUUUGGAGGAAGAAGAGAGGAUACAGAAACAUCAAUGAAAUUGUAAUCAACAUGGACGAUCCUUUAUUUACAAAACAGUGGUACUUGAUCAACACUGGGCAAGCAGAUGGGACUCCUGGCCUUGAUUUAAAUGUGGCUGAAGCUUGGGAGCUGGGCUACACAGGAAAAGGAGUAACAAUAGGAAUCAUGGAUGAUGGAAUUGAUUAUCUUCAUCCAGAUUUGGCUGCCAAUUAUAAUGCUCAAGCCAGCUAUGAUUUUAGCAGUAAUGAUCCAUAUCCAUAUCCCCGCUAUACAGAUGAUUGGUUUAACAGUCAUGGAACCAGAUGUGCUGGAGAAGUGUCUGCUGCAGCCAACAACAAUAUAUGUGGAGUUGGAGUGGCUUAUAAUUCAAAGGUAGCAGGUAUCCGAAUGUUGGAUCAGCCAUUUAUGACUGACAUUAUAGAGGCUUCUUCUAUCAGCCACAUGCCUCAAGUAAUUGAUAUUUAUAGUGCUAGUUGGGGUCCCACUGAUAAUGGCAAAACUGUGGAUGGGCCAAGAGAAUUGACCUUACAAGCCAUGGCAGAUGGAGUGAAUAAGGGCCGUGGUGGCAAGGGAAGUAUCUAUGUCUGGGCUUCUGGAGAUGGAGGUAGUUAUGACGACUGUAACUGUGAUGGCUACGCAUCAAGCAUGUGGACUAUCUCCAUCAAUUCAGCUAUUAAUGAUGGGCGGACAGCUUUAUAUGAUGAAAGUUGUUCCUCAACUUUAGCUUCUACUUUUAGCAAUGGGAGAAAGCGAAAUCCUGAAGCCGGUGUGGCUACAACAGAUCUAUAUGGCAACUGUACAUUACGCCACUCAGGAACAUCUGCAGCUGCCCCCGAGGCUGCAGGAGUGUUUGCUCUUGCCCUGGAAGCAAAUGUGGAUCUGACUUGGAGGGAUUUGCAACACUUGACUGUUCUCACAUCCAAAAGGAACCAGCUUCAUGAUGAAGUUCACAAGUGGAGAAGAAAUGGAGUUGGCCUUGAAUUCAACCACUUGUUUGGCUAUGGGGUCCUAGAUGCUGGGGCAAUGGUUACAAUGGCUAAAGACUGGAAGACGGUUCCAGAGAGAUUUCACUGUGUGGGUGGAUCAGUCCAAGAGCCUCAGAAAGUAUCAUCUGGUGGCAAGCUGGUUCUGACACUUUCAACAGAUGCCUGUGAGGGGAAAGAGAACUUUGUCCGUUACCUUGAACAUGUUCAAGCAGUUAUCACAGUGAACUCUACAAGAAGAGGGGAUUUGAAUAUCAACAUGACCUCACCAAUGGGGACAAAAUCCAUCUUGCUGAGUCGGCGGCCAAGGGAUGACGAUUCCAAAGUGGGCUUUGACAAGUGGCCUUUCAUGACUACACAUUCUUGGGGAGAAGACCCCAGAGGUACUUGGGUUCUCGAAGUUGGGUUUGUUGGGAUCUUACCCCAAAGGGGAGUCCUGAAAGAAUGGACAUUAAUGCUACAUGGAACUCAAAGUGCACCCUACAUAGACCAAAUAGUGAAAGAUUACCAGUCUAAACUGGCCAUGUCCAAGAAGGAGGAGUUGGAAGAAGAAUUAGAUGAAGCAGUAGAAAGAAGUCUCAAAAGUAUAUUAAACAAGAAUUAGCACUGCUUUGCAUGACAAAUGGCUAGAUUUCCCCUUUGUCCUUUCCUGUAUGUUCCCAUUAGGCAUAUAACAUUCACUGUCUCUCGAUCACUAUCCAACCUUUUCAUUCUACAAUGGUGCAUUGUCUAAUUUAACUACAGUGGAAAUUUCUGAAUUCUGAGCCACAAAUAUAUGAUUAUAAACCAAUUACUUUGCAAGAGUGUAUGGCUGUAACUAUUCUAAUUUGAAGACAAAUUAUUUCAGGGAGGGAUAUUUUAUUUUGUUUUGCUACAUUUGACCUCAUGCAACAUAAAACAACCAACUGGCAAUGUUGUGGCCAUGUUUCUUUAUAUAUUUUUGUAGCAGAUACGUAAUUUACAAUUUUAUUUUAAGUUUUGGAAGAGGGCUUGCUGAUGUAGGCUUGCUGAAAUAUUGCAAGUUAUAAAAAAAAGGAAAUAAAUAUCAAAAUUUGGGGUUCUAAAUUAUAUUUUAUUUAUGUUUUCAUGAAUUACUUUGAAAUCAAACAAAAACAAUUGCAAAAUCUUGUGUCAUUCUGCUGCUGAAAAUUUUCCUCAUUGCUGGCUGCUAUUGGCCUUUGAAAAGUCUAUAUUCACUAACCAAUAUCUUCACCAGCAUUUAGCAGUAAGAAGAGAGAGAGUUUUUUGGCAGGAAACUGGUGCAACUGUUUCUUUUAUUUAUUUAUUUAUUAAAUUUGUUUGCUGCCGUAAGGCAACGGUUUAUGUAGGUUUUUUUUCCUUUAAAAAAACCCUAUCUUCCCCAAAACUCAUCAAAACUUUAAGCACAAAAUACAGUUUGGUCCUGAGAUCAGUUCAAGCACAUUACCAAAGCCAAUAAAAUAAGAAUCAUAGCUUGUCAAUAGUUAUAGAAUACCAACUCUAUCGUGCAUUAUCACAAACUGCAAGCCUAUAGCAUCCUUGAACUAAGCCCAUUUAAUUCAACUGGAGUUAAUUGUGGUUAUGUAAGAAGGAAAUUGCCCUGAAAUAAAUAGAUGAAGUUUAUGGGAAAGCUAGUUUUCUGAGCUGUAUUGUUUACCCAGGUUCAUACCCACAACUUCAAGCUAUCCCUAGGCUGCAAAAACUCACCAAUCAGUAUCAGAACUGGAAGUUCUGAUAUCAGUAGUAAGCACCUCCCUUUGCUUUAUUGUAGUUCUUUUGGCAGACCAAUCUGUACAAAUAAUUCCCAGUGUAUGUAGCAUUCUUUGACAACUGAAUUUGUUGCUUGUUAAAUAAUUUCCUAAAGAGCAGGGAGAUAUGUACUCUUUGGAAGAUACAUCUAAAUGAAAUACUAUGUAGAGUUUCUGCUAUAUUCAUAAUUCCCACAUGAGCUAUAGUGUAGCUGUUCUUCUGAGAUCAUGAGUUCUAAGCUAGAAGAGAUAAUUGUGCCCCAUGGCUGCCAGCUCAUAGUCCUGCUUAGAUUACUUUUUACUUUUCUAAUGCCCUUGUGUGAACAGAUAUAAUAUUAAAAGAUGGAUUGGGCAAGCUAAUCCAUGAUCCCAGUUUGUCAAAUCAUGGAUUAGGAAACACAGUGCAGUGACAGUGACUAUGGCGGGAUGUGAAGCACCUUCAAUAGUGACCUAUUAUAGUGACCUAUAGCAAAAUAUACCCUCUCCUUAUUAUUGUUAUUUCAGCACAACAAUAGUUGAGUAGCAAUAUAAGGUGUGUCUCUUUGAGGACCCAGCCUUUCUCUUUUCAAAGGCAAAGAAUGAUUAUGUUGAUUGGAGAGAGAAUUGAGCAUAUUUACCAAUACCUUAUACCCACUUCAGAUCUCUUCUUUCUCUAUCCUCCCUCCUAAAAGAACUUUGACCUUAAACACCAACCUUCUGUUUAUGAUCACGAAAGUUGCCCUGGUGGAUUCCACAGGAAUGAGACCCAAGCACAUGAAAUUGACAUGCAUUACAAGCUGGCUGGCAAAGUUAUUGACUCAAAGUCUUGAAAAAAUACUCACAAAUCAAUUAUUGUUCAUCUUUCUCCUCACUAAUAUUCUCACAGUGAGGAGAAAUGAUGGGAAGGACUAAAUAAUUCUUUUUUUUUUUUUUUGCAGAAUUUGGGGGAAGGUGGGGGGACAUUGCUGAAGCUGUUCUGUUCCAUAGAAAUUCCAGAGUGCAGAAAUCAGAAUGGUGUCCAAAAUUCAGUGUAAAGAGAGUUUGAUGCCGAGGAAGUAGCAUUAGCUAUUCCUUGCCUGCAUUCAGAUUGGAUUAUAAUGCACCACAAUGUCCCUGGACACUUCUGAGAAUCUUCAUUCAGUACAGAUAUUGCAAGAGAUUGGAUGGGGGAAAGAUUUCUUAUGUGAGAAUUUGGACUGUGGGAAAUGAGAGCAGAAGCAAGCACAAUUUGGUACUAACAUUAAUGGCUUCAAAACGCAGCAAGUCAUGUUGUUUUACCCUUUCCUUGAUGCUUUCAUACUGGGCUUUUUUUUGCUUCUGCUAGUGCUCUGCAUGCAAAUAAUGACUCUAAUGAAAUGUGGAGUAAUUAGUGUCUAAUUCUCAAUGCAAAAUGUAUUAGGGCGCACACAAUUUGUGCAUUGUUUCAUACAAAUUUAUGGGCUGCAAUAAUGUUUGAACUGUCUCUUAUACUUCUUUGUGUUUCUCUAGUCUAUCUUUUUAAUGUGUGGUAUUUGCAAAGAUAAAACCUCAAGCAUUUCUGUUACAAACCUGGCUAUUCAGAAGUGGGUUUUGAAAAUUUAUAAAUCACAGACAUGGGUUAAUGAAGCCUCCGAACCAAAAUAAUCUGGAAGUAUAUGCAGAUCUCUUCCUUGAUCUCCCAGAUACAGGAAUCAGUGAACAAUAAGAACACCAAUACUUCAGAUUAAAAACCAUCAUAAAUCCAAUCAUUCAAAAAAGAGAAAAGAAAAAGGGAAUAAAAGCCAUAUAAUUUAAAAGUGAAAUAUAGUAAGUAAUAAUACAGAAUUAAAUGGUUAGUUGUACAAAAAUAAAGCAAGCAGUGAACCAAUCUCAUUUCUUUUUAGUAUGAGUAAAGCAGCUAGAGUUUUGCAACUAAAAGACCUUUCUUUUUUCUACUCACUGAUUAGCGUCUCAGGUGGACCAAAAAAACUCAGUUUGUAAACCAAAGCCAGCAUUUUAAUAUAAGAAGUCCUCCAAAAGCUCUCCAAUAUAUACAAUAGGUAUGGAAGCCACACUUUUUUAAUCAACUGAAGUUCAAAAACCUUUCCUUGGCAAUUUUUUGUUGAGUAUGUAAUAAUAAUCUCAAAAAUGAACUAGAGCAUGAAACGGUCAGAUGUUCAUUCUUCAAAGAAUAGAGGCACUGGUUUAUUGCUAAAACUGGGUACAGAUUGUCGUUGCCCUUUUUUCUCUUGAUUCUGCAAGAACAACUUGGGACCCCCAGGUCUAAGUACCUUACAUUUUUGAAAUAAUGUCAAUCCUUAAAAUAUUGUAUUCUCAAUUCCAGAUCAGUAUAUUGGUUGAUCAAUAUCUUUGACUUUCCAUCUUCCAGCAACAUUUACUGUAGGAUCUUCAUGGAACCUAAAGAGAAUUUAGCUAUUUCUUAUUACAUGUCUCUGGUACAAUUCCAACUUUUUUAAAAUUAGGAUAAUUAUGAGGAACCUUACUUAAAAUUUAGUUUGAAAAUUGAAGACUACACAAAGUUGAGUUCUUUGCAGGUUAACUCAUUUUCUCUCUUAAUAUUUAAUGGAUACUUAAAUAUUUCUCAGCAACUCCAUACAACCUGGAAUUGUGUAAUUUUAAUGUAAUUUCCCUAUAUUUCCUGCUUAAUUUAAAAGGUUGCCUCUCUCUGAAGUGGAAAAUGUUGAGCUGACUCAAAAUGGUGCAUGCGAGCUUUCCAAAGUAUCUCCCUAAUCAGACCUAAAAAAUCUGAUGAAUUUCAACAAGUAAUCCAGAAUAGAGGCGAUUAAUAUUAUAUAUACAACUAUUGUAGCACAACACACAGCCAUUUACAUCUAUUUAUUCUAGUAAUAGAGUUCAUUGCAGGAGCCUUCUUGGUAAGAUGUUAAUUAUUAGUUCUUAUAAAACAGAAGAUAAAACUAAGGUUAAAGUGCUUGCCAGAUGGCUGACUAGACACAGGGGGCAAAUUAAUGGGCAGAUGAUAAAGUAAAUGGAAUCUUCUACUGGAAUAUCUGGAAGAGAUUUUCAUGCCUCAAGAUCAUGGCAUGUGCAGCUGUCAUAUGUAGGGAAUAAUGCUUCCCUUGCCAUCUUGAGAUUUUAUUGCAGAACGAGGGGCUCUGUAUCUAUAUCCCUUCAGUGUUAAUAAUUCCUAAUACCAAAGUUUAUGUAACUUGAGGUAUGGAGUGCAGACUCAUGAGUAUCUUGACAUUCCCUAUGGGAAGCUACAGGUUAUCCAAAAUAAUUAGGUGUUUUUGCUGCUCCAAAACAUGACUCUUGGCUUAGAAGCAGAAAAGACACAUUUUGUUAUUUGACUCUUUUUGCCAGGAAAUUUAGCCACACUUGACUCUGCUUGAUUUUUUCUGCUCCGCCUGUUCGGCUCCUAUCAUGAGUAAAUUGUUAGAACUUCAGGGAUUUAGCAAUAAAGGGACAUUAAAAUAAUGGAUUUUGGAUGUAGGUUAGGGGAGAAGUUGGGAGCACCAGGCUAAUCAGUCAUUUAAAGCAGCGUUUCUCAA